UUGCUAUGGUAACCACAACAAGCCACUCAGCCUGAGAGAAAUCUGUGAUUGUGCUGUGCUAACAUUAGCUUCAGUUACAGAGUUUAAGCUGCGUGGUUUGAGUAGUUUUUUAUAGUACAGAGUUUUGAGGACGUGUGCGAGGACUCGAGAUAUUCAAAAGCCUCCUAGCAGUGGAAAAAUGGAGCUGGAAGAUGAAAAGGAGGAGGCGAAGGGAACGGAGGAGGACAUCCUGCUGGUGCCCCUUGCACCUGAUGCUUCACUCCCAGAGGAGCAGCAGUCUGCCAGCACUGAUGUCUCUGCUACUCCUGUUUUCCAGUGGCUAGAUGAGUUGUUGUUGUCGGGCAAAAUCAGCCAGACCAAAGUAGCCAAACUGAAGUCCACCUACAGGCUAUUCCACAAUACUCUGGAAAGUACCCGGGAAUCUGAGAUCCAGCUUUUGGGAGAGGCAAAGAGGUAUCGAGCCGAGCUGGAAAGGCUGCAGGCCGAGGUUGAGAGAACAGAAGAGCAGAGCACCUCCAAGAAGCCUGAAAGUGAGGUCAAUGAACUGAGGCAGCAGCUCCUCCAGGCAUACAAUGAGCUGAAAGCUGCUGAGGACAGAGAGUACAAGACACAAUACAAACUGAUAUGUCUCCGGGAAGAGAAGCAGUACCUGGAGAAAGAGAAUGAGAUUCAGCCAAACCUUGCUGAGCUGGAGAGCAGAACAAAGGCCCUGCAGGACAAAUAUGAGGAUCUAAGGAAAGAGGUUACCCAGAGACAACUGGAAGUCAGAAGCUUGUUGGAAGAUGUGGAAACCAGUGAAGCACAGAUAUUGAAAGAGCAGAAAGAGCUGGAAGACAAGAAGGAGAUCAUAGAGCUCAAAGAGGCUGAGAAAGCCCGGCUCAUCAGCAUACCUGACCAGAUUUUAAAGGAGAUUCAAAGGAAACACUCUAAGAAGGAAAUCGAAAUGAAGAAGAUGGAAGCACUGAACGCAGAGAUUUCAGAAAUGGAGCAACACGUGAAGGAGGUGGAGCAGCGUAACCACUCCCUUAGGUUGAAGUGCAAGGAGAUGAAUGAGGAGCAAGAGCGUCUUCGGGCCCUGAUAGAGACCAGUCAGAGGGAGUGCAGACAGCUGCUAAAAGAGCAGGAGGUCUACAGGGAGGAGGAGGCUGAAUUAUUAGGGAACAGAGGUAUCCUGGAAAUGAAGUUGCAGGACAUCAUGUAUGACAGAAAGCAUCUGUAUGACUGCCACUCUGUGCAGCUCAGGGAGAAAAAUAGGCAGAUGCAAGCCCUCAAAAGGAUAGAGCAUACGUUGAGGACGGCCAAUGAGCAGCUCGAACACACACAGGUUAUCUACAAUGAGCUACAGGCACAGUUAGAUGCUCUUCCCAAAAGAGAAGCCGGUAUUCAGCAGAGGAUGGAGCUUCAGAAAGAAGUGGAUGCUCUCAAAGUCGGCUUUAAAAAACAGCUAUCAGUAGCUGAGGAGGAGAGCCAAAAGAAGGAGCAGUAUGGGAUGAUUCAGGAGCUGCUGAGGGAGUCAAACUGCCUCAGAGAAGAACUCCAUAACCUCAGAUGUCUGACACACAUCAAAGCCGAGGAGAGGGGCAAGAAGCACCGUGAACUGCUCAGGGCUGAGCAGCUGAACCAGCACAUCCAGCAGGAGCUGCUAGAAAAGGACCUGAUCAUCAUGGACCACAACAAGCUGAAUACUACGCUACAGCGCAGAGUAUCACAGUAUUCUAAGCUGUGCCACAUGGUUAUGGAAGAGAAGAACAAGUACGUCAACCUGAAGCAGUUCGCCUCGCAGACAAUCACAGAGCUGACGGAGCAGAUUAAGUUACAGGAAAAUGAGACGGAGAUCAAACGUGCCAUUGUUGCCAACAAGGACAGAUCACUCACAAAGGCUCGCAUGAAGGUCGCUCAUCAUUCCCAGACGAGGGACAAACUGCAAAACGACAUAUGCAAGGUUGCCUGGAAGCACCGUCAGGUCAAUCAGAAGUGUGAGGACAACAAACUGGAGCUGAUGAAACUCACACAAAUGAUCAACCACCAGGAGGAGGCCCUCCUGGAAAUAAACAAGAAUCACGAAACGGCCAUACAGCGCCGAAAUUCACUUGGCAUUCAGCUCCUGGAGCAUGAGGAGGUGUUAUUCAACUACUAUGAAAAGGUUAAUAUCCAGGAAGCAGCCAUUACUAAGGGCAACAUGGUGCUGGAGACCCUGGAAAAGGAGAUGAAAGACUUACAGUUGGCCAUUAAUGAGGAGAAGAGACAGAUAGGCAUGAAGAAAAAGGAGGUGCCUCUCAUGAAAAGGUUGGAGGGAGAGAUCACCAUGCUGCAAAUAGAGUUGUCAGAAGCGCAAGAUAAGACAAUCGAAGCUCUGAACAGAAGAGUCGAUUACAAAGAGCUAAAAGGCAAAGACCCCUCGACUGUAGAGCUGGUCAAGAAGAUUGAGCAGCUGGAGGUGAAUCUAGCAGACAGCGAGAGGCAGGUGCUGGAAAAAGAACUCCUUGUGGACCAGGUGACCCGGCUCACAAAGCCACUCAGCGAGCAGGCUGAGAAUUGCCAACAGGACAGGCUCUCACUGGCAAAGAAGUUAAACGAGCUCCGAGCUCACAUAAUCGACACCAACCACCGCCUGAUGGCCGUUUCUGCCGAGCUUUCCAUGAAGCAAGCGGUCGCUUUGUCUCUCCAGCAAGAGAUCAAAGAAAAGGAGCACCAGAUGGACAGGUGCCAGCAGCAGCUGGAGCAGGGCCUGCCACCGUGCCCCGAGAUAGAGGAGGAGUGGAGGAGGAUGCUCCGAGACAAGAAGAGGAGACAGAGGGACAAAGUGGAGAGAGAGAGGCUUGCUCGAGAAGACGAAUGGAACCAGUUGAGCCGUCCCAACGCGUACAUCCCGCAGAACGACUCGCUCCCUGUGCCCAAACCCUACGGAGCCCAGGCGCCCUUCAAACCCUCCCAGCCAGGAGCCAACAUGAGACACAUCCGCAAACCAACGCUCGAACCUGUCGAGAUGUAGAACAACACCAAUAUAUUCAUAGGUUUCUGUUCAUGUGUCCUUCAGAAAUGUUUACUGUCCACUCGAGGAGUCGAAUAAAGGUUUGAAAGCAGCAAAGCGUUUCGUGUUUUGCUGCUCUCUGUGCUCCUCCCUUCAUACUGUAGGUUCUCCCCACCUGUUCCCCUCCUACCUCGUCUGGAAGAUCCACGUCACCUGUGGCCUCAUCUAUAAAGGCAUGGCCUUUCUAAGAUGGCGCGCUCUCCCUCCUGGAUGGUUGGUGCCUCCGGGCACCCUGCGUAAUUUUUGUUUUGCCCGGUUUGGUUGUGAUCUGUUAGCUCUUAUGUUUCCUCAUGAUUACACUUCAAAUUCUGUUCUCUAAUUAAUUCAUGGUUAAUUGAACUGGUCGUCAUGGUUCUCCCUUCUUGGUUGUGCUCUCAAACGAGCCGGGCAUAACAAUUUUCCUGUGUGUGCUCGCUUCUAUCACACUUGUUCAUCCAUCUGCUCUCACCUCUCUCCCUCCUCUCUGAUUCUUUUGUAUGUUUGAGUCUUUACUGUCCAGCAUACCACUGCUGUUUUUGUACUUGUGGACUUGCAUCUGGUUGUAAUUUUGUUUCUUUCUUUUUUUUAUUUACUGGCAAGAGCUUGUUUACACUCUUGCUUGCAGUAACACUAAAUACUGUAGGAGAGUGGAAGGCAAGACCGAGGACAUGAGGGAGAUAAAAUGUUUGUUUGUUUGUUACAUCAUGUCCACCAGUACAGUUUUGUAUGCAUUUCUUUACUUUAGGAAUACAUCAUUAUCGUCUUACUAGGGGGAUAAGAGGAAUUCAUUUCUGCGGGACACUGGAAUAUUUUGACAUAUUCUCGCUGUUGUUGCCAUUUCAUCCGCCGCACUUUGUAAUCUUGGAAGCUGAUGAAUAAAUUGCGACGGGUUUAACCUCUAAGCUGGGCUAAGAGUGUCUGCUUAAUGCCUGAAAUGAAAGUGUAAAUAUAGAGAGGAAGAAGAUCAGGCAAUGAAAGAGCAAAGAGAACGACAGGUGAGAGAAGAAUUUUAAAUGAAGAGGAAAGAGAGAUGGCAGCUGGAAAAAGGUGGCAGGGGGCAGUCAAAGGGGAAAAAAACACGAUUAAAGUGGAGCUCUAAAUGGGGUGGAGAGUUCAGCUGAUAAGUAGUGACGAAAAAAACAAAGUCCCCAGUCUUUGAAGCUUCUGAAAAUUUACUGGAAGUCAUCUGUUGAUCUCAGCUUGAGGUGGAAGUAGUUUUUGGUCUUUGUGAGCAUGUCUUGCAGCUUGUAAGCACGUCUACUGUGCGUAUGUGGACUGAGUUCAUGUCAGGACACUUACUAUGUGCACCAGUGAUUCCAGAUUAUUUAGUUACUGAUGCAACUGCCGAAAGAGAAAUAUAAAACACAAUUCGAACAAAAAGUAUGAGCACGUAUUUGUGUUUGAGUUAUUCUCAGUGUGAGCCAACUUCCUAAAAGGCUUAAGAAGCCGUCAGGUUGAGUUUAAUCUGAUUUCGAGGAAGCCACGUCCACCCGGUGAUGUGUGUGUGAUCGUCCACCCCGGGCUAAUGGUGAGAGCUGUCAGAUAAACUUAGCCCUCCAACUGUUUGUGCUUAUUAGCCGGCUACAUAACACCGACUGCAUAACAGAGUGUGGAGGAGGCAAUCGAGCAUUUAAAAGAGGAAUUCCCCACAAGAGAAAUGUUUUGAGACGACUGUUACCAAGGUGGUAAACCUCGAGGUCA